CAGGGCCAACAUGGCCGUCCCGAUUCCCGGAGCUCUGAGGCCCUCAGGCUGACACUCCUAGCCUGUUGCCUGUCUGGGCCUAGAGUUCCACCUGUAACAUGGGAGCACUCACUGGGUUAAGGAGGGGUCCUGGGCCAGGAAGGGCCCAACAAUGGCAGGCCCCUUCACAAUGGUUUCCAGGCAACAGGGACUCCUCUGAGGGAAGGGAGGCAGACGCUGGAAGGGGCUGGGGCCGCCAAAGGCGCUGUUGAGGCCAGAUGACAGCUACUCAGAAACACAACCUCUUCACGCCAGAACCUCACUAUAUCCCUGGUUAUGCCGGAUUCUAUCCACAGCUGCGCUACCAGGUGGGGAACACCUAUGGGCGCAGCACAGCACAGCUGCUCACAGACCCCAGCGUGCAGAAGAGCCCCUGCUCCGUGCUGUCCCCCAUAUCCAAGCCCAAGUUCAUCGAGGACUUCCGCAAGUCCAAGCCACCUUUGAUCCCCUGCCGUGACCUCACUGAGCCCUACAUCCCCCACUACACGGGUCUGAAGCCCUACAAGAACUUUGAGAUCCUGGGCCAGUUCCCACCCCAGGAGGUGGACGCCCAGAAGGGGCUGCCGGGCGUAGGGAAUGUAUCCAGGCAGGUCCUGCUGCCUGUGGGCUUCAUGCCCUACCCUCCCUACCCCCCGUGCCCGCCAGGCAGGAAGGGGGACUCCAGAGACUUUGGACACCCAGGCCUGCGGCUGGCAUACGGGGAGGAGGGCUGGAAGAGCACCAGCCCUGUCCACGAGGCCCCUGGGCGGGACCAGCUGUACCAUUGCAGGAGGGAUGAAUACCCACCCCCAGCUCACCAGCGGGAGACACUAGAUGUGGGCAGGUUCCACAGGCUGCCCCAGCUCGACCACCCCAACCUGAUCCAACGCAAAGCCAUCUCAGGCUAUGCUGGCUUUGUCCCUCGGUUUGCCUGGGUGAUGGGGGUGAAUUACCGCGAUGGUGUCACACAGGCUAUGAAUGAGUUUGACAAGCAGCAGUUCCUCUUCAGAAACCCCAUCUGUGCCCUGGGUGAGAGGCUGCCCAGAACACACUGGCCUAGCAACACCAUCUACAACAGCCAGGGCCUGAUACCUUUCUACAUGGGGUUCAUACCAUCCGCGCAGGACAACUACGCGCUGACGUUUGGCAACAGUAGCCGCGAGGCCUGUCGGAAGGAACGGGAAAGGCGACACCAGACACUAUGAAAAUGCUUUAAUGGAGGCGUCUGUACAGCAUGUGAGGUCAAGACAGGAAGGAGAGCAAGUGCACACAGAGAGCAGACUGUGAGUGAAUAAAGAGUUCACACGCUC